GACGGUAACAGGAAGUAGUCGGAGAGGGAACUCGGUCGCACGGAGCUGGUCGGAGAAGUUUCGACAGAGAACAAACUGUUUUACGGAUCUUAAAUCUCAGCAUAGACUCUGAUCUGUUCACUUUAUUUUAACGGCUGAAUUAUCUGCUGCUUUCAUUCGGAGCUAAUGAAGCUAACUUAGCUUGUUAGCCGGAAAUAGACGGAGCCGAGCGGACUGUGAACACAGCGCACAUCAGAGUGAGCAGACAGUUUUUAACGGAGUGUUUCUGGAGGGAAAGUUCGUGUGAGUCAGUGAAAAUGUCUAAAGUCCAAACGCUGAGAGUUGUUGUGAAGCAGCGACUAACUGCGGCUGCUGAAGAGAUAUUUGAGCUGUUUGAAAGAACGAUAGCAGAGUACGAGGAGGAACUGUGUCGACACCGGAAACUACUGGACGCUGUUACCGAGCCUCAGGUCCAGUUACACAGAACAGACGUCCAGCAGCUGUUGGAGAGUGAAGAAGAGGAUCCUCCUGAGCAGCAGGAGAGGAGCUCCAGUCUGGACCAGCAGGACCCACCAGAGCUGCCACACAUUAAAGAGGAACAGGAGGAACUCUGGACCCGUCAGGAGGGAGAACAACUUCCAGGGCUGGAGGAGGCUGAUAUCAAGUUCACAUUCACUCCUGUCCCUGUGAAGAGUGAAGAAGAUGAUGAAGAGGAACCUCAGUCCUCACAGCUUCACCAAAUCAAAACUGAAGAGUUCAGAGAUGGAGAACAUUUGAAAACAGAAGCUGAAGGAGAGGACUGUGGAGGACCAGAACCAGUCAAGGACUCAGAUCCAGACAGUCAUUUACAACCAGCUGAUGAGGACAAGACGUCACACUCCUCUGAACCUGAGACUGAUGACAGCUGGGACUGGGAGGACACCAGAGAACCUCGGUCAGGUUUAAAGCGUCUGCAAAACAAUGAAGAACCUGUAGGUGACGUGAAAUGUAAUGUUGGAGGGAAACCUUUUAGUUGCACUGUCUGUGGUAAAAGAUACCCGCGGAGGAACUCCUUAAACGAUCAUAUGAAACUUCAUUCUGAAGGAAAACGCUUUGGCUGCUCAGUCUGUACAAAAACAUUUCAAUGGAGAGCAGGACUGGAGAGGCACAUGAGGAUCCACACAGGGGAGAAACCGUUUAGCUGCUGCUUCUGUGGGCUGGAAUUUGCCCAGAAUUCAAGUUUGAUCUCUCACCUGAGAGUUCAUACAGGAGAGAAACCUUUCAAAUGCUCAAUUUGUAAAGCACAAUUCCGUGUCUCGUGUAAUUUGUCCAAACACAUGAGAUCGCAUUCUGGAGACAAACCCUUCAGCUGUUCGGUGUGUGGUAAGAGAUUCGCACAGCGUGAAACUCUGAGACGACAUUCGAGCGUCCACACGGGGGAGAAACCAUUCACUUGUUCAGUUUGUGGAAAAACAUUUGCACGGCCAGAAAAUCUGAGGCGACAUUCAACCGUCCACACGGGGGAGAGACCGUUCAGCUGCAGCAUUUGUGAGAAAAGAUUCACUCAGCUGGCAGUGAUGCAAAAACACAAGUGUGUCGGUGAGAGCAGCCAGAACAAAUGAAGCCACUGAGAUGAUUUUUUUUUUCUUUUUUCUUUUUAUCAGUCGGAUUGAAGCAAUAAAGACCCGAACAGUGAGACACUAAACUGUGAUACAGCCUCAAAUAUCAUUAUUGUAAUAAUUCUGUUUUUAAUCGUGUCAACUUCACUUCAUCGUUUUUCACAGCAGCUUUUGAAACUUGUGUAUUUAAAUUGCCUCCAAGUGACGCCUGGAGACGUUGUAUCAGUGAGCUGCACUUGCUCUUCCUGCCAACACUGAGUCUUAAUCCGAUUCCUGCGCUUUAAAAACUGUGAUGUGUGCAGUAAAAACACUUUUUGAAAAUAAAAAUGCUGAAAACAUUUCACUUAAACGAAAAACACAAUCUGUCCAGAGGUGUGCAGGUUUCUAAUUGUGUGUCUUUGUCAGCAAACCUCAUGUGCGGGUCCAAACCAGCAGUGUUUCUGUCCGUCCCUCACUAUUGUCUGACCUCCUGUCUGAGGUCAUCAGCUCCGAGCCCGUCACUUUCUACUGAAGAAUAAAACCUCAGAGUCAAACACGA